UCCAUUGCUUUCCAAGAUGAUACGUGGUUAUCAACACCUUUAAGCAUUCAUCCACCAUGAACGCGGCUUUUGCUCAUUUUGUUGACGAGCGGCUCUUUGGCUGGCUCACUGGGAGCGCCGGCUCCGUCGACGUCCUCAUCACUACCUGGGGUCUAUCAGAAAUCAUAGCCGCAUUUAUCACCGGGUUGUCGUCCGGGAAAUUGGAUCCUCACAUACGCCAGAAAUCUUUGGAAUACCGCCAUGAGCCGGGAUCCCUUUACACAGCUUGUGCUGUUCUACUCACUCAGGAUAACAUCACCGCCCUUCAUCAACACGCUCUCCUACGACACAAAGACCCUGUUUGGCCUCGGUGUUUACAGAGUCUUCAGCAGAUGGACUUUCCCUCACCCUCACCCUCGCAGCCUCACGAGAUACCCCGACACAUUGCAGAUCUUAAGGCUGUCAACGCUCACGUACAUGCAGAUGUUGUAGAGUACAAUGGCCAUUUUUGAUUGC